GUCCGGCGGGCGAUCGAUCCAACAGUUAAAGCGGGUGGGACGUCUCCUUUCCCGCGGAAAGAGGAAGCUCCCACCGCUCGCCACCAUUAAUCUCUCUCUCUCUCUCUCUCUCUCUCUCUCUCUCUCUCUCUCUCUCUCUCUCUCUCUCUCUCUCUUCCCAGGGCGGGCACCAACCCCGGCCGCUGCCGUCCUCCCGCGCUCUCCAUCUCUUCUCGUGCCGUCGGAGUUUGUCUUUGGGGAGUCACGCAGGUAAAAAAAUUUGUCUGAAUAAUCCCAGGUCGUGAGGCAUGACCUGCUGACCGCCCCAAACCAAACCCCGCAUCAUCCAGUCCGGCGAGGAGGAAAGAAACGACAAUGUCUUGCUGCGGAGGCGCCGAGGAGGACAGCUAUGGCCCGCCGGCCAACCAGGCGGCUCCGCCACCCAAUGUCAACGCUCCCGGCAACAGAGGAGGUCCGAGGGGGCCUGGCGUGCCGAGAACCGGGGGCCCGGCCAAGCCCGUCAACAUCGACGUGCCCGCGAUACCGUUCGACGAGCUCAAGCGGAUCACCAACAGCUUCAGCGACCGCGCCCUCAUCGGCGAGGGCUCCUACGGCCGCGUCUACAACGCCACGCUCAGCGACGGGCGCGCCGCCGUCAUCAAGAAGCUCGACCCCAGCGCCUCGCAGGACUCCGACGCCGAUUUCGCCGCGCAGAUAGCGAUGGUCUCCAAGCUAAAGAACGAGUAUUUCCUCGAGCUCGUGGGCUAUUGCUUGGAGGACGGCAACCGCAUGCUGGCCUAUCAGUUUGCAACAAUGGGUUCUUUGCACAACAUACUACACGGGAAGAAAGGUGUUCAGGGUGCCGAACCCGGCCCGGUCCUGAACUGGGCUCAGCGCGUGAAGAUAGCUUCUGGAGCGGCGAGAGGGCUAGAGUACCUUCAUGAGAAAGUCCAGCCGUCAAUUGUUCAUCGAGAUAUCCGGUCCAGCAAUGUUCUUAUAUUCGACGAUUUCAAUUCAAAGAUUGCUGAUUUCAACCUGACGAACCAGGGGACCGACACCGCUGCCCGGUUACACUCGACUCGUGUGCUAGGAACUUUUGGGUACCAUGCUCCAGAAUACGCAAUGACAGGACAAAUAAACCAAAAGAGUGAUGUCUACAGCUUUGGUGUGAUUCUCUUAGAGCUACUGACUGGGAGGAAACCGGUCGACCACACCAUGCCGAAAGGGCAGCAAAGUCUUGUCACUUGGGCCACUCCAAGGUUAAGUGAAGAUAAAGUCAAGCAGUGUGUUGAUCCAAAACUCAACAGUGACUACCCUCCAAAGGCUGUUGCAAAGCUGGCAGCAGUCGCAGCGUUGUGCGUUCAGUACGAAGCCGAUUUCCGACCCAACAUGACCAUAGUCGUGAAGGCGAUCCAGCCUCUUCUAAAUUCGAAACCAGCCGGGCCAGUAGAAGCGCAAUCCUGAUCGAUCAGAUGAAAGUUUUAGCCUGACCCCGCUGGUUCCUGAACUCGGUUUCCCUCUUAUUCUGAUGACAAAAUGUAUGUGUAAGGAACCACGCAUCCUUGCUCCAUCGAUUCAGCACGUAUGCUUUUGUAAAAAUACACCGAUCCGCAGGUACUGCAGGAUACAUAUAGGGGCAUUUUGCUAAAUGUUAAUCUUGUACGCUGAAUUCAUGAGUUUUUUGUUUGUCUUGUGACAUAACGUGUGUACCUUUAUGUUGUUUGCAGUUACACAAAUUGGCAAGAAAUCCCCGUGUAUUUCUAUUUUAUUUUUUUUGACUGAAGACUGAAGAAAAGCUUACUAACUGGU